AGAUUGCUCUGUCUCUAUUCUGAUGUCUUGAGUUGGAUGCAUGAGUUGACUGUUUUGAGUAAGUGGUUGAGUCAAGUCUAGGUUGGUUGGUGAACAGAAGGGAGACUCUUCCCUUACUCGAUUUUGCUGCACUCGAAUGUCCUUUGUGGUGGUUGUCCAGGUUGCUGUUGAGGUUGUUCAUGUAUUGAUGUUUGAAAACCAGUACGAUUCACGUGUUCUGUGCCUUUAUGACUUGUCCCCAAUGCUGGUUGAUUGAAAUAUGUGAGCUUACCUUGUAUCUGACUUGGUUUGCUUGGGGACAAGCAAACGGUUAAGUGUGGGGGAGUUUGAUAGACCGUUAAUUACACAUGUUUUUACCCCUGUUCUUACACCGUUUGAGGUGUUGAUUCUCGUGUUUUAGGCCGAUUUCACGCUAGGUUGUGCUUGUUUGUGAUAUUUCAGGUCCUAGUACGUGAAUGGAGGCUUGGGAGCGAGUUUGGGGUCGAUUGGACGAAGAUCGGACGCGUGGCGAGGUGCUAAGGAAGCCGCACGGGUAUUCCUGGACAUCACACGGCCGUGCAACUCACAUUUGUGGCCGUGUGAUUUUCGCCGAGAGCAAACACGGGCAGGAUGGAAAUCCCACACGGCCGUGCGACCCUGGCCGUGUGGGAAGCCUGAAGAUCGAACUAAUUGAUAUGCCGCGUUUUGACUCACACGGGCAACUGGGUGAGCCACACGACCGUGUGGCCUGCCCGUGUGAGUCGGGAAAUCUUGGUUUUUCAGCCAAUUUCGAGCCACAAGUGGAAGAAUCGGACUUUUUGAGCAAAAACAGAGCCCUAGAGAGAGAAAGGACGAAGAACACAUCCUAGAAGCUAUCUUGGAGCUGUGUUUCAUCAAAUCGAGCUUGGAGAUCGUCACAGGAGUGGAUAUCAUCAUCCCAGAGCAGAUUCUUCCCAUUGUAAUGAGUAUGACUGCUUUGUACCUUGUUUUCCUCUCUCUCUCUCUCUCUCUCUCUAUGGAGUAGAACCUCUCUCUCACUUGGGGGAUGAAGAACCCUAGUUCUAUGUGUUAGGGAUUGAUUGUAAUGACUUGGGAUGAUAUUACUGUUUGAUUUUAAUCGAAUGGUGCAUGUUUAUUGAGUCAAUUGAAGUCUGAUCAACUUUUCCUGAUUCCUGCUGCAAUCUGAGAUAGAUAGAAUCUGAUUAGGUUGCUAGAGUCUCAUCAUUCGGUAGUAGGAGAUUGGCUAUACGAGAGUUAGCCAGUUUACUGCUUUGUACUGGAAUCCAAUUCCAGUAGUGGAGUUCUGUUCUUACUGCUUCAGCUUUCUAUCCCGGUGAAGACUUGUCGUCUGCCGGGUAGUUAGAUUGAGAGGGCUUGGUCAGCUUAAGAGAUUCCAAGCUACUGUCGGAUCUUCUGCAGUCUAAUCAACAGUAAAUCAACCCAGGGAAAUACAAUUGAAACCUAACUAAGGAGCUAGGGUGACUCAUUCCCGAGUGACUCUUACCUGCUUGAGAAAACCGUACCAAUUCCUGCUUUCUUUCUGCUUUUGCUUUUACACAACAAACACUUAACUUAGUUGGCUAGAUAAUAGAGAAUCACUGAGUAAGCAGUAGAUCUAGACCCCGGGUUGAUAAUAUAACUUGUCACUUUACUGCAUUCCCGGACUGCGAUUAUACUUGGUCGCAGUUUGGUGUUGUGUUUUAGAGCAUCAACCAUGCAUACGGAAAUUGUCCAACCCCAUUGCCUCGGCUAACUCAUUAUAACUCAUCUAUUGAUUUUUACCUCCAACCCCAAACACGAAGUACGGUUGACCGUGGCCGCAAAUCUGGCGGGUUGUACAUGGACAAAAAAGCAGUAAAACUUGACAGAGAGCUCUUUGUAAAUAUCAUCAUGGAUCUCAAGGAGGCGGUGCCAUUGAGGAUGUGCUAUUGCAUCCGACAUCUUAGCUCUUCAAUUAAGAACAACAAACUUAUUGAGGUCUAACUGCCAAUGGGGUCGAAUCAAUGCCACACGCCAAACGGCAGUGUCAUCCCUUAAUUUGGGGUGGUUCGCCAAUGGUUUAAGGUACGGGUGGUUCAGAUUAACCAUACCUGUAAACUAACACCAAACCAUACACCAUACAUGGACAACUCGUAAAUAAAUGCAACUAGGGGGGGAUAAGACUACUCCCCCACACUUAAUCUCCGACUAGGUGACAUGGUGGCAAAAGGUUUUCACCAUGGUUUAGGAAACCGUGCUGUAAGAUCCUAACAUGUACGUAUUGCCUAAUCAUAUUCUUCAUACAAUUGCAGCGGAAUUAAUCUCGGGUGUUACAUUAAUUAUCAAAAUUUACCCAAAUAAAAUUUCGACAUGGAUUACUCGCGUAAUGGGCUAAUAGUUCUUCAAUCUAAUCCUGCAAAAUAAUUCAUCUGAAUCCAUACAUUCAUAGACAAAUAUAUAUACUCACAACCAUAUGCAUUGGCUUUUCAAAGCCAAAGUCACAGUUUCAUACUACACAACUACAUACUAUACUGAUCAAGGUUGUCAAACCGGUUUAUACCGUUGUGCCAGUUUGGCAAGUGGAAUGGUACAACCGGUGGUAUAACCAGUUUGUGUCGGUUCAUGCUGGUUUAAAAAAAUGAAAAUAAUUAAUAUCCAAUGUAUUUCAUCAUAUAUAAAACAUAUUUGUGGACAAUUUAGUUACAAUCCAACAAAUAUCAUCAUCUUUUAAUUAUUAUAUUCAUAAAAUGAAUAAUAAAUUAAUUUUUUUAAUUUAUUAAAUUGAUUAAAAUGAUGUCAUUAAACUUAGAAUGUGUAAGUCGAUCAUACCGGCGGUGUCAUAUCGAUUUCAUGACCGGCACACGUUGAACCAGGUUCAUGCGGGUGGCAUGCCACCAGCAUGAUACCGAUACAUGCUGUAAUCAUCACAACUUACAUAAUUACACAAUAUACACAUAUCAUUAACUUUCCACACCUGUGGAUAUCUCACACUACAUCAGAAGCUAGUAUGCACAUGAAAAACGUUCUCAAAACAUUUUUACAAAAAGGUGUGGAUCACUGGCCAAAAUCCCGAGUAGUAUUCCAAGCACAAAAUAGUUGAAGACCAUACCUCAUCUUGCCUUCAACUCUAGCUCCUCUCCCACCUAACACUUAUAUACUGCUGCUGCUGAUGAUCUGCUUACACAUAGCAUAAGCAGAGAAGAAGAAUAAAAGAGGGUCAGCUAAUAGCUAAGUGAGAUAAUCAUAGCAUCGUGAGUUCAUAACAGAGCAUACCCCUAUCAUACAUCUAACAAUCAAGCCAAAACACUAGGAUGAGACCUCAGCCAUCCGACAUCCCAAUAGGCAAAAGACUCAACCACCUUGACUUAUGCAUAUUCAUCUUAUCAUGUUUUAAUCAUAGGCGCCUGGCUACUCCCAUGCUAAUUACUCUCCCGGGAAUACGGACCAAACAUCUCGUGGAUGUGGUCAUAUCGGACCCACUACUGCCGGUGUAGUCAUAUCGGACCUGACACCACUCUGGGUGUGGUCAUAUCUCAUGAUGAAUCAACGGUCAACACCACAUCAGGGGUGUGACAUAACAUAUCAUGACAGAGUAAUAGCAUGGGGAGCCCUAAUUGCUAUGUAAUUGACCAUGAGACCAAAGUACUCUUACUUGGUAUCCUUAUACAUGAUCCAUAUCUCAUCUUGCUUAAUCAUAAUUCAUUACUUAGACAUGUUCUUGGCCUGGCCACAAUUGGCUCAACAUAACCAGGAGUCGUAUAAUUGCACUUCCUCGGGAUAAACCCUCGUGCAAGUCAUCCUCCUUAAACAUCAAAAUAUCACCCUGGGAAGUUUAUUUCCUCCAAUUGUGAAUCCAAAUACAACCACAAUAUCACAUCAUGUCAAAACACCUGAUCGAACAACCAUGAAGUCAUAUUAACAGUUAAGCCACAAAUGGCAACAUGUAUGCAAUCAUCAACAUAAACACGGUCCAUAUCGAUUAAGGCAAGUCAAUAAUAUCAUACAGCAGUUCAGGGUUCAACAUAUAGCACAAAAGUUCAUAUAUCCCUAAUCAUGCCAUUCUAGUUCACUUUGGUCAAUUCUAAGCAUUAAUAUAAUUAUCGUGAUACGACAAACCCGGUAUGUCGUGCUAAUCCCUCACCAGUUCUAGUCGUUCAAACACCGGUUUUUCCCUCCCGUACUAAAACGUCAAUUUCACGAACGAACCUUGAAUUAAAAUCCAAGACCGUCCUAAUAUCCCCUGCAGUAUCCCCGUCAAUAUUAGUUCUAGGCUCCGGGUCAAAUUCUUGAUAAAAACACAUCAAACCCUGGCUAGAGCUAAAUUCAGCGAUCCCUGCUCCGACCUAAAUAAUAGCCAAAAUUCAUUGAUUAAAACUAGAGGAAUGAUUACCUCGCCGCAGGAAGCUCGUAUAUGAAAUUUGGGCUCAAUCCGGCUUCCGGAUACUCCGAAACCCUAACUUGACUUAUCGGGAAUUCAAGAAAUUCCUGAACCAAAAACUCGUUUUAAAGCUCUAAAUCGAUAAAUCACGAUGUAUAGAUGAAUUAGGCAUUACUUACGGAAUUUUUGGAUCACUAGGGCUCAAGAAUUUGAGCUUUGGAAUUUUUACCGAGCUCCCCUGUUCCUGCUCUGCUCGCUCUGGUUUGGAGAAAAUGGAAAUGCAACGCAUGAUGGGGAAAAAGAAAUGGACACGGGGAGAAUAUAUGUGCGGUCACGAUCGGUAAUUGUUUUUUAUAUUAAUUAUAAAAAAUAUAUAUAUUAUAUAAUAAAUAUGUAUACUUAUU